UCCUGUGAAAGAAUGAAAGGGCAAACACAGCUCUCGUUUCAGCCCAGAAACUGAGCAGACGUUCUCUUUCCAUGAUCAAAGGAUGCUGUGUUAGCUGCAAAAUAGUAAAAAAAACAAAGUGUGCUGGCCGGUGAGUUCCAGUUCCCAUGGAGACUGUCAGCCGCAGAGGCUCACGUGUGUCAUGUGAUGUGGGUGGAUCACGUGACCUGUGACUACUAGAGAAUAUGGAGAGAAGGAGCCGGGGCUGAGAAGGAAGGAGCCUGGUUCUGAUGUAGGACUGAAUCCCCCAGAAGCUAUGGAUACCUCCAGGCUGACAUCUGAGCAGUACAAUGACUACAGCUCCACAGAGGCCAGUCCCAUUGAGGAAAUCUCUCCAGGAGCCAUUGGUAACUAUGUGCCACGGCCACGGCAAUAUGAGAGGCUGGGAGAAGACAACAGCAGCACCACGUGGUAUCAGACAUUAAUCCAUUUGUUGAAAGGAAACAUUGGAACAGGACUGCUGAGUCUUCCUCUGGCAGUGAAGAACGCUGGGAUUGUGCUGGGCCCCUUGAGUCUGGUUUUUAUGGGAAUCAUUGCUGUUCACUGCAUGGACCUGCUGGUUAAAUGUGCCCAUCACCUUUGCCAAAGGGACCAACGACCCUUUGUGGACUAUGGAGAUGCUGUGAUGUACGGUAUGCAGGGCUGCCCCAGCCAGUGGCUGCAGAGACAUUCUGUUUGGGGGAGAAGGAUUGUUGGAUUCUUCUUGAUCCUCACGCAACUGGGAUUUUGUUGCGUCUACUUUGUGUUCCUGGCUGACAAUAUCAAACAGGUGGUAGAAGCAGCUAAUGGCACGACUAAUGACUGCAGCUCCAAUGAAACCGUGGUACUCGUAGAAAGUAUGGAUUCCAGGUUAUACAUUCUCUCGUUCCUGCCUUUCCUCAUCUUGCUGGUCUUCAUUACCAACCUGCGCUACUUGUCCAUCUUCUCAUUGCUGGCCAAUAUCUCCAUGCUGGGCAGUGUUAUCAUGAUCUACCAGUAUAUUGGCAGGGAUAUCCCGGACCCCACACAUCUAUCUUAUGUAUCCAGUUGGAGGUCUUAUGCUCUCUUCUUUGGCACUGCAAUUUUUGCCUUUGAGGGCAUUGGAGUGGUCCUUCCACUGGAGAAUAAAAUGAAGAUCCCUCAUCAGUUCCCUGUAGUGCUUUAUGUUGGAAUGGGCAUUGUGACAAUCCUAUACAUCAGCAUGGGUACCCUGGGAUUCUUACGGUUUGGAUCCAGCAUACAGGCCAGCAUCACGCUCAAUUUACCCAACUGUUGGUUUUACCAGUCAGUGAAACUACUCUACACGUUUGGCAUUUUCAUCACCUUCGCCCUACAAUUCUACGUUGCCGCAGAGAUUAUAGUCCCGGCCGCCACUUUACACGUGCACGAUCGCUGGGUGCGCUGCGUGGAUCUGACAGUGAGAGCGGCUUUGGUUUGUCUUACAUGUGUCCUUGCGAUCCUUAUCCCUCACCUGGGCCUUGUCAUCUCAUUGGUGGGAUCGGUUAGCAGCAGCGCCCUGGCCCUUAUCAUUCCUCCCCUUCUGGAAAUCCUCACCUAUUACACCGAAGGCUUGAGCCGAUGGAUCAUCGCCAAGGACAUUUUUAUCAGCCUUGUGGGCUUUCUAGGAUUUCUGUUGGGGACAUACGUAGCAUUGUGGGAACUAAUAGCGCCUGAAGUCUCACCAACGUUGAACGAAACUGCUCUAUAUGUCGCUCAAUGAGAACCUGACAGCAGUGUUUCCUUAAGGAGUUCCAAAAGCCAAUUGUUUUCUUCCUGAAAUAUGUACCUGCAGGAAAGUGUAGCCAUGAAGAUUUCUCAGUGUGUCCUUGAGAAGCAGAAUUGUUCAUAGCGUAGCUUAGUAUUCAAGGGAUGAAUGUAUUUAUUUCACAAACUGACUGCCAAAAUGGUUGCAAAGAUAUUGCAGUCCAUACUAGGCCACUUUGUCUUCAAGAUGUUAAGGGAAUAAUCUCUUUUAGAUUUUCUUUACAUCCGUUUGCCUUUUGCACAUCAUUGCAUCUUUACUUAACUGGAUUAUCUAUUUUAGUCAUGGCAAGUGCAUUUUCCCUUAAUGCACAGCGGUCAAUUGACUUUUCGUCCCGUUCGAUGCAACUGCCAUGUGAUUGUAAUGUCUCCUGUCCUGACUUGUAUGUUGGCAAGUAUUCCUUCUAAACACCACCGGUUUCACUUUUGUGUUUUUUAAUUUAAAUCGAUAAAAAUAUGGUGCAAGUAAGAGUAAUGAGUUGCUGCUGUAGAACAACGGUGCGUUUUCUGUUGCCCGAUGUCUUGGGGAAAUAUAACCUAUUCAUAUGUAGGGGCUACUGUAUCUUUAAAGGAUAAGUACAUCUUUAAAAUAACAGAAUGUAAAAUUGAUUAGAGUGCUAUACUAAUAAGUUUUGUAAUUUACAUUCAUUAUUUAUUUUCUUUUUAUUCCAAGAUAUUAAGGGAUAAAUGUGCUGUUAAUAUGAAUGAAUUAUGUUCCAACAUCGCCACCUGCUGGUCAGUUUCUGACCAGUCUGACCACCAAGUAGUCAAGGAAUUUGUCAGGAGAGAGAAAGCGGCUGCUCUGAUGUUCUUCUGCUUAGGAAAGAUUUGAGAAAGGUUUCUAAUUGUUUUCCUAAGCAAAAGAACAUUAGAGCAACAUCUUUUGGUGUUACUGUUCCUUUAAACAAUAUUUUUUAUGCCAAUCUUCCACCUCCCAAAAAAGAAAUCUUUGACCUUUACAAGAAAUAGUCGAAGAUAUACAGGGCAUUGCAUAAGAAAGGCAAGAAGUAGAGCAAUAUUGUCACUAAAUAAAAUGAUACCCUCACAACACUCACGGUGGACCAAUAAAGUUCUCCCAUUCAUGCA